AUGGAUUCAAUGUUUACAGCGAGUGAUCUUUUUGCCCUAAAAAAUCUUCUCUCUCCAAAUGAGGAUUCAAGUGAUGAGGAAAGGUUAGCUAAACCAUCAAUCCGAAAUAAUCCCGGUGAUAUUGGUCCGAAGAAGAAGAAGCAAAAGAAGAAGGAAGGAGAUGAGGCUGAGAAGAAACCACCACCGGAUCCGAAUGCUAUUUGGCAGGCAGAUGAGAUUCCCGAGACAGCUUAUGUGGAGGACGUAUACGACCCACGGCCCCAACCAGAGUAUGAAAUCCACUUCAAGCAGGAUGUAAGCGCGGAGGACAUGUAUCUCCAAAUGAGUCCCAAAAAUGCAACCACAGCUUGUUGUGAAUACAUGGUGGUAAUGGUCAAACUCCCGAAGACUAGUAAGGAGGAAAUCAAACUCGAUGUUAAGGAGCAGUUCUUGGACCUUCGUACCAAACAGUUCAAACUUGGCCUUCAUUUACCCAACCCAGUAAAGCCGGAGUUGUCUAAAGCGAAGUGGCUCUCUGAGCAGUCGACUCUGGAGGUUACAAUGGUGAAUAAUCGAGAGUUGGACUACAUAAAUUUUUAA